UCGCUGCUCCCUCCGCCCCGGCAGCGAGGAGGCCGACCCCAAGCUGGAGCGCGUCGCCCAGGUCACGGGAGGCAAGACGUUCACCGUGAACGACAUCGACGAAGGACACAUGCUCGAGGACGCCUUCCACGGGGCGCUCACCUACCAGCCUCCGCCCUCGCGCCAGAAUGCUACAGUGACGAUCGACGAGAAGGUAUACAGAGGAUCAGGAGACACAGCCAGCGAAACCUUCCUGGUAGACUUCACCGUCGGCAGGAACCUGGUGUUCCGACUCGACACAGACGACAGGGCGCACGUGACAUCACCUCCGCACUUGAUCCGCCCCACUGGAGGCAUCAUCGGGGGAGCGGAGUUCGAUCCCACUUCCUUCGUGUGGACGAUCAAUGUGCCGAUGGCUGAGCAAGGAGAAUGGAAAUGGCAGGUCGGAGUGUCAGGCAAUCCCGAGAAGUUCGUGAGAGUAAAAAUCACGGCACAAACUCGGGACCCCGAUAUUCACCCCAUCACCACUAAAGCCUGGAUGAGCAGCGGUGCACAUGACGUUAAUGCUACCACCGACAGGGUUAUCAUAUACGCUGAGGUGAAACAAGGAAAUAACCCAGUAGUCAAUGCGCGGGUUAUCGCCUUGGUAACGCCGCCGAACGAGUCCGACAGAGGCGAGGUGUACGAGCUCCUGGACAACGGCCAGGGGGCGGACAUCCAGGCGGGGGACGGAAUCUACUCUCGUUACAUGACGCGCUACACCACGACCGGCAGGUACAGCGUCAAGGCUCAGGUAACCGACGGAGGCACGGCUGUCAUCAACAGAGGCUUCCUCACGGCCCCAGCUCAGCGCACGCGUCGCGAUAUCAGGGAGACUAUCGAAGAGAGACCGCCAUACUGCUGCGGAAACAUAAUUCCUCUUGACCAGGAAAAUGCUUUCAAUACCGGAACAUUCAACAGAAUCUCUGUUGCUGGAUCUGUCAAGGUCAUAGAAAUCCCCGAGGGUGACUCGCAGCCGCCCUCUCCCGUCCGCGACCUCAAGGUGCUGCUCGGCUGUUGCAGCGGCCUUGGCGAUACCUCCCACAACCUCAUUCUCACCUGGACGGCGCCCGGAGAUGAUUUAGAUGACGUCGAAGUUAUGGUUCGUGUGAGCACCAGCGUAUCUGAUUUAGAAGAGGAGUUUAAUGACGCCCAAGAACUGUGA